AUGUCGGAUUUUACGUUCAAACAUGGUAGUGAAAUAUGGGUUCUGAUUGAUUUCAGGGACAAGAAUAUGGGGUGGACUUACAAUGGGAAAAACCUUUUACAGUUGGUCUUUUCUUGGUCUCUUCAGUAUAUUCUUGACAAAGACCGUUACAGGCAAAAGGUGAACCGAAUCCCAAAGACAUUCUCUUCAGUAGGUCAUUAUAUGAACUCUUUCAUUUUCCCACUAAUUGAAGAAACUCGUUUUGAUUUGUGUUCAAGCAUGACAAUAUUGUCCACGGCACCGGCGAGUGAAAUAGAAUGCAUUAAACCAUCGGAUGAUUUUAAGGCUCCUGAUAAUUUAAUCUAUGAUGUUGUAAUAAAUAAAAUAACUAAUGAUGAAAAUGAGGUGGAAAUCUAUGAGCCUGAGAACGGAGAUCUCAUUGCUUUGACCAAUGUAAGGCCAAAAUGCAUUGAUGAUUUGAACUGGCCUAAAGGAUCGUGUGUGUUUGCCUUAGUUCAAAAGGUGAGGAUCAAGUUCAUUGAUGAUGACUAUUAUCAUGAUAUUCAAAUUUUAUCGUCAAAACCCAUUGAAUCUGAACAAGAUGUGCAAAAAUUUGAGAGGAGGAGGACUCUUUUUACUGUUUUUCUGUCGAACAUGACAACGAAUAUGCGGAUAUGGAAAGCACUGAAUUCAGAACUAUGUGGGAGGAACAUGAACAUUCUCAAACAAGUACUGCAAACUAAUUCUUCGGUAGUGGAAAACUAUGCUCAGUGUUUUUCUCAAGAAAGGUAUAGUGUUGAUGUAUCAACUUUAGGUGCAAUAAUUCGCUCUUUUGAUCUUAAUGACUCCCAAGAAGAAGCAGUUUUAAGCUGCAUAGCUAUGAGGGAAUGCUAUCAUCGCAAUACAGUAAAACUUAUAUGGGGCCCUCCUGGGACUGGAAAAACAAAGACAGUGGGUUCACUAGUAUUUGCACUUUUGAAAAGCAAAUGCAAGACACUUACCUGUGCCCCAACUAAUGUCGCAGUGUUGGAAGUUACAACACGGCUCCUGAAUUUGGUAAUGCCUACCCUUCAACAUCAAACUUAUGGUCUUGGGGAUGUAAUAUUAUUUGGGAAUGGUGAGAGAAUGAAGAUUGAUAACCGUGAUGACCUUCUUGAUGUAUUCCUUGACUAUCGGGCUGAUGUUCUUGCCAAGUCUUUGGCACCUUUAUCCGGUUGGAAUCAUUGUUUAGAAUUGAUGAUAUGCCUGCUUGAGGACCCUGAUAAACAAUACUAUGAGAAACAGGAAAGGUAUGCUCUUUCUGAAAGAUUUGACGCUGAAAUAUUGACAUUAGAUGAUUUUUGGAAGCAAGCAUUCAAUGACUGCAAAGACAAGAUCAAAAUGCAUGUGGUGAGCAUGUAUACUCAUUUACCAACUUCUAUCAUUUCAUUAAGAAUUGUAAAAAAGAUGAUUGAAUCCCUUGAGUUGCUUGAACUCCUCGAAACUUUGUUAGCUGGUGUUAGUCAAGGAUUAAAACAUGCCUUAAGUGAUAUUACGGAUGAAACAAACAGAAUGGGCAGCUUUACUGAGCAGUCUAGACUGAGUGUAACUGCAAAAGAUUGUCUCAAAUUAUUAAAAUCACUUUGUGAUACGUUUAUUCUUCCAGAUUGCUUUCAGAAACAUGAAAUCAAAAGUUUCUGCCUCAAAAGUGCUCGCUUGAUUUUUUGCACUGUUUCAAGCGCUGCUAAGUUGCAUGCAGAAGAAAUAUCACGACUGGAAAUACUAAUCAUUGAUGAAGCUGCUCAACUUAAAGAGUGUGAAUCAAUUAUUCCUCUAUUACUCCCUGGUAUCCACCAUGCUGUCCUCAUAGGGGAUGAGCGGCAGUUGCCUUCGUUGGUCAGAAGCAAGAGGAAUGAUCUAUGGAGAUAUCAUCGGCUAAGACUCUCCCGCAGUUUGAGCGGGCAGAGGACAGACGCUCAAGCUGGAUCGAAAUGA